ACAUGCGCGUGAUGUUACAAAGGUGGCUACCCUGCUACCAAUCAAUGAAAAAACUUCGUUGUUGUCGUUUAUAUAGUGCGUGGUGUUAUAACCUUGUUGUGUGCCAAAAUGAGUUUAUAUACGGAUCCUCUUUGUUUAAAUAAACAUCGUUUAUUUCUAGAAUUAAAAAAUAGCUUGUCGGGAAAUAUCAAAGAUACGAGAAAUAUUUUAGAAAUUCGUGACAACGUGUUGUACGUAUGGAAUGCGAAUGAUUCUUGUGUGAUGACAUUAAACGUUGCAGCAUCGAGAGAAAAAGAUGGAGAUGUACUUUAUCAAAAACUUCGACCUACCGAUCCUCCGAUUUUCGAAAUAAAACAUCUACUAAUUAACGAGACUGGCACGCAACUGGUAUUAUGGGGUAAUCUAGGUCUUGUCAUCAUGGAACUUCCUAAGAGAUGGGGCAAAGAUUGCGCGUUCAAGGUGGAAAGAAAGAAAUACGUUGCAUGUAAGUUGCCAUCAAAUUUAUAUCAUCAUCGCAUAAUGUCCGAAAAUCCGCUCUAUCAUAGUUACUUUAUUACCGAAGGCAUAAGAUAA